AUGUUCCGCCGCAAGGCAGACACCCUCCCAGCGGAUCCCAUCUUCGAACCGGAUCUUGAAAAGCUGGGAUUCUUCAUUAACGAUGAAGAUCAGGUUCGCAGCGUUAGGAAUCCGGAGCGAAAGUAUCAGUACCAAAUCAAUCGGAAUGAGCGGUGGAAUCAGGUUCAUAAAGCUGCUGUCUGCAAUAUCGUCCAGGAGCGUCUGCUUGAUCUCGGCUUCGAAAGAGUUCGACUGCCCCUCGGCGCGGCUGAACAAGAGAACCAUGUCCCCAUACUCGUGUCCAAGAAUAUCGCAACGAAGGAUCGAGUUAUCAUCAUAUUCGGCGAGCGCAAUGCGGAACCUGGGAUCCUAAGCUGGAGGGUCAUCGGUGAAGAGGGUAUCAGACACGGCUCCCUGGUUGAGUUUGCGACAGCAGUCCUCUCUACUCCUACAAACGAAAACAUCACUAUCAGCACUGCCACCACACCAGGCGUCAUUGUCGCUAACCCCUGCCAACUCCUCUGGUACCGUGGCGGAUCCCGGGCUGUCUCAAACUACGAAUGGUUGUGUUUGCCUCGACCGAGCGCCGUGCACGACGCUCCGCGAGUAGAUCCUGUCAAGAACAGAGUUCCGGGUAACCACGACUAUGUCGAGCAUGUGCAGUAUAUUUUCGAAAAGGUCAUUCCGAGCUUGGUGAACGAGCGGGCGAGGAUUGAUAUCAUCGGCGUGGAGUUUACAGGGACCGCAGUGUUGGAGCAUCUUGCCGAACAUUGGAACGUCUGGUCUCCUCGAAUUACUGGUAUUGCCUUGGUGACGCCUCAACACAAGCUUGCCGACCUGAAAGCCCAGGGUGCACCAUCCGCCUUCAUCGAGUUUUUGUCAAAGCGCUGCCGAGCCUACUUCGUCUCUCAGUCCGACAUAGAGAAGCCUGUUGUUGGAAGGGAACAAUUCGGGUGCAACUGCUAUGCCAGUGGGGAGCGUCACGUUGAGGAAAGCGCACUGGUGCGGAGCUGGAGACAUAUCCUGGACUGGUUCGAUAUGCUGCACGUCAACCCGGGCUACGAGGAAGUUGAAUAUGAGGUCGUAGAGAAGGAUGAGGAGAUCAAGCUAGGCUGGGAUUGA